UCUCUGACUCGUGUGUGCUUUCUGAAAACGAAAGUUUGAAACUUUCGUUUUGUUGUGUAUCGUCGUCGUCACUGAUUCUGACACACACACACAAAAAAAAAAACUCUAUAAGAUAAUCCUUCACCUACAAUAAAAUUCUGGCCAUGAAAGCAAAACUCACCCCCAAGCUUUAAAUGCAAUUAGCGAAACAUCCCAUCUCUCUCUCUCUCUCUCUCUCUCUCUCUCUCUCUCUCUCUCUCUCUCUCUCUCUUAACCACUAAGCAAAAUCUCAUCUUUCUCUCCCUAUACUAUAUAUAAUAAAGCUUCUCUCCCAACUCUGCUUUUCAUCGUUAAUCGUUUUCUGGGUUCUCUUCGAUUACGCUUAAAGGUUUAGAAAAAAAGUAUGUCUUCUUCUUAUAGAUUCCAAUCUGGGUUUUGUCCUCUUUCGUCAAGCCCUUCUCUUGGGAAUUUCGUCGAACGGAUCAAAGACGCUUGCCAUUUCCUCGUCUCUGCUGUUUUGGGUACCAUUAUCUCCGCCAUCUUGACCUUCUUCUUCGCCUUAGUGGGGACAUUGCUAGGGGCACUUACAGGGGCUUUGAUAGGCCAAGAAACUGAGAGUGGUUUCAUUAGAGGAGCAGCAAUUGGUGCCAUUUCUGGAGCUGUUUUCUCUAUUGAGGUCUUUGAAUCAUCGCUUGAUCUCUGGAAAUCCGAUGAGUCAGCUUUCGGAUGUCUUCUCUAUUUGAUUGAUGUCAUUGUUAGUCUUCUAAGCGGGAGACUUGUACGAGAGCGCAUAGGUCCUGCAAUGCUAAGUGCGGUGCAAAGUCAAAUGGGAGCUGUGGAUACAGCCUUUGAUGAUCAGAUAAGUCUCUUUGAUACAGGUGGCUCAAAAGGAUUGACAGGAGACCUGGUUGAGAAAAUCCCAAAGAUGACAAUUACUGGCAACAAUAACACUGAUGCUUCUGAGAACACAGACUCCUGUUCUGUUUGUCUUCAGGAUUUCCAGCUUGGUGAAACAGUUAGAAGCUUGCCUCAUUGUCAUCACAUGUUUCACUUGCCUUGCAUAGACAAUUGGCUCCUCAGACACGGUUCUUGCCCGAUGUGUAGACGUGACCUUUAAUUUCACUCUCUCUCUCCAUUGUCCAUCUCUCAUAAUGCAGUUCAAAUAUUUCUACAGCUUGUACCUCAAGAGGCGGUUCUGCUCCUUUUCCUCUUCCAUAACUUUCAUGUAAAUUAUAGUUCUUUUUGGCUGUUUACAAUUACCAUACCUCUCUUUGUCUUUCAGAGUCUUUGUAGGACUCACUCCCUAGUUCUCUAAUGUUAUGUUCUAGUCAGCCCAUGUACAAAGAAACACAAAAAUAUAGAGUUUUUGUUUAUUAUUAUUUUUUUUUUCUGGCUAA